GCGCAGGACAAGACACCACGAUCCGAAGAGAAGAGAGCUGUGGUUCGAUUUACACUGCAUUUUAUUUCUUAAUUAUUUCUUAUUAUGGCCGAUGAGAAUGAACUUUCUAACGCCUGUGAGAUUAUCGAAGACCGACUGUACUUCGCUACACUGCGACACAAGCCUCGUAGUAGCUCUAAUCUGCACUAUUUCUCCAUCGACGACGAGCUAAUCUACGAAAACUUUUAUGCAGACUUUGGGCCCUUGAAUCUGGCUAUGUUGUACAGAUACUCAUGUAAACUAAACAAGAAACUCAAGUCCUUUUCUCUGGCAAAAAAGAAGAUAAUCCAUUAUACUUCCACUGACAGUAGGAAAAGAGCCAAUGCAGCUUGUCUGAUAGGAGCAUACUCGAUAAUCUAUCUCAACCGAAGUGCAGAGGAAGCAUAUAGAGCUCUUGUUAGUGGCUGUAAUCCYCCAUACUUGCCUUUCAGAGAUGCUUCAUUUGGAACUUGUUCCUAUAAUCUUUCACUAAUGGAUGUUCUCAGUGGGCUGCAAAAGGGACUAGAACACCAUUUUUUCGAUUUUGAUACCUUUGAUGUAGAAGAAUAUGAACACUAUGAGAGAGUUGAAAAUGGAGAUUUUAAUUGGAUCGUUCCAGAUAAAUUUUUAGCCUUUAGUGGACCCCAUAACAAGAGUAGAAUAGAGAAUGGAUAUCCACUUCAUGCACCAGAAUCAUACAUCCCCUAUUUUAAAAAACACAAUGUUUCAACAGUAGUACGGCUUAAUAAGAAGUUGUAUGAUGCUCGGCGGUUUACAGACCAUGGCAUUGAGCAUUAUGACUUAUUCUUUAUUGAUGGAAGUGUCCCUAGUGAUAUGAUCGUCAGACGAUUUCUCACAAUAGCUGAAAAUGCAAAAGGAGCAAUUGCAAUCCAUUGUAAAGCUGGUCUUGGUAGAACAGGGACCCUUAUUGGUGCAUACAUAAUGAAACACUUUAGAUUUACUGCUGGGGAAGCCAUUGGUUGGAUCAGAAUAUGUAGACCAGGAUCAAUCAUUGGUCCUCAACAGAAUUUCCUGGAAGAAAAACAAGCUAGUUUGUGGAUUCAAGGAGACAUCUAUAAGAGUAGAGAAAAGGACAAGAAUGACAAUUUUGAAACCUUGGGUAUCACGAAGAUAACGAAUGGCGUUGAUACGAUUAAACUUGGUGAUUCUGUUACUUCAUCAAGAUCUUCAACAAGAUCUAGAAUCUACAAGGACCUGACUCCAUCAUCGUUAACCCUAACGUCCUCAUCAAGGGUGACACACACGCCAGCCCUUAAAGAAAUCACCCUUGACUGUAGUGACAAGAACGGCAAUGUCACGCAAGGAGAUGAACUUAGAAGRAUAAAGACCAGCCGAGCACUGAGGCAUCCGAGAUCUGCAACCACUGGUGCUCUGAGAAUGGAUGACAUGAAAUUAGGCCACUCGCGCUCUUCCUCAGGGCAGUCGCUUCGGUUAACAAGUUCUUCAAGCAUGCAAACAGUAAUGUCACCGCUAAAAACAUCUAAAGUUUCUGCUCUUCCUCGCAGAAGCACGAGAAACUCUACUCAUCUUCUUAGUAAAAAUACGCGGACAAGUACACGGUCAGGAGGUAGAGCCCUUAACCUUGCUGCUCUAGCAAAUUCAUAACUCCUUCCUGUAACAUGCUGGGAAUGAAACAGAUCAAAGCAUAACAGAAAUGGCAUAACAGAAAUGGUAUAUCGAUUUCUGUCCUGGUAGGCUGAAAACGAAUUUUUUCUUUGUUGCUGAUGACGUUGGUUGUGGUGGUUGGUUGCAUAGGCCUUUUCUGAGCUCGAUAAAAACGAUGCAUUGUGGUCUAGCUUGGAUACAAACGACACCAUACAAGGCAUGAUGAACAAAAGAAGUUUGUAGCAAGGCCACAAUGCACCAUAUUCGCUAUCUCAGAAAACGUCUAUGAGAUAUGAUUAUUAACAGGGCUGACAAGCUAUGGACAAUUAAUCUAGGUCCAUUUAUCCUCARGUAGGGAGGGGUAUGCAGUUAUAUUACGAACAUUGUUGUUUUGGAAGCAAGCUAUUUGUAGGACAUCAUUUUUAUUUUUGAAUAUUAACUAUUUUUAACCGUCCUAUGGAUUUCGUGAACAAAUCAAAAUACUUAGUGUACUUUCUCAUUCUCUUUUUUAAUCAAUUUUUGACAAAGCUACGCAAUUCAUAUUUAUAGGGUGUCUAAAAUCUCACCUUAAAGUUGUUCCUGUACUCUAGAAUAUCAUUCAUGAAAAGGAUAAGUCAGUAGCCCUUAAUGGAGAAGUUUUUCCCACAAACGCUUCGCACGAAUUCCGAGUUGAACCGAAUUGGAAAAUAAAAACUAGUGUUUUGAUUUUCUGCAAUAAAACCCACAUUUUUUGCCCUCAAUUUUAAGCUUUACGUUUUUCACUCGGAAUUCCUAUGAAGUGUCAAACAGCCAUUCCAGGUGUGAGGGAAAAAUCGGUUCGAGUUGGCAUUGUGGUGCAUUGUGGGACUGCUUAGGGGACAAAAUAGACGCCAUCUUGGAAACGUUGCCCUAAAACAGCCCCACAAUGCACUGCAUUUCCAACUUGACCCCGUUUUUUACUCAACAUCGGAAUGGCUCUCCUCACACGGGAGUCGACGUCUUGCCAUAGGCAUUGCUUUAUAAGAAUUAUCCGGACUUAACUUUUUUUGGCGGGAAAAAAUUGUUACAAAUGAUCUGCGGUGUAACCCUGUUAUAAAUAGAUGACAUUCUAUUUUUAAUGUAAAUCCAUUGUAUAUUCUUGUAUAAAAUUUUAUUAUAAAAUUAUGUAUUCUCAAAGAUUUUCUAUUUUAAUCAAGGAAUCACCACGGUUUUAGGAGAACUUUGUAAUGGAAUAAUUGAAUAAUAUUAAUUGUUAUCCAAUUUAAUAUUAGUGAAAUGAAGGCAGUGUGCCUUUAUUCUGUCGUUUUUAAUAAUUAGAUCCUAAUUCGUUUUUUAGUCCGUACCAGAAAGCGAAAGACUGGCUAAAUUCUGUUUAUUGGUAGUCUUACCAUUUCCCCAUACUUCCGGUUGACUUUCAUUGGUCGGAUAGAAAGCCUAGCGGAAACAAACUCUGAGAAACUUGCUGUAAUUUGAUCGAACGGAAAGUCAACCGGAAAUAAAACCUUCGUUUUGCUCCGCAAAGUAUCCAUUUUGAAGCGAUUCUAAAAUUACGACCAAAAUAUUUUCGUACAAAAAUCAAACUUCAUAUUACUUAAUCGAGUUGUUAUCAAAUAAUGUAAAGAAUAGUCAAUACUGGGUUAUAUUUACGGAUUUUGGAAUCGAUAUUUUUGCUGCUGUUUCCGUUACAGUGCUACCGAACCACACGUGUAGAAAUCGUAUGAUUUGCCUUCCCAACAAAAAUGGUUUUGGUGGACUCCAAUCAAAUGUUUGGAUGUCAUGGAAAACGCUUGAUUGACGUCCACAGAGACCUAUACUUUGUCGCGACGAAAAAUCCUUGCGUGGUAUUGGCCUUACUUAAACGGCCGCCACGUUAAAUGGAACAGGAUGGGAAUCUGUCAAUCAAAUCACAAGAAUAUGACGUCACCUACGUUAGAUUUGAUUGACAGUUCUGUUUUUUAAUACACAAACUUGGCUCCGGCUGCGUUUUAACGGGAACAGCUGUAAUUUGAUCAUUAUUUAGUUUAUUCAUUGUGAGGCAUUUUUGGGAAGGGGGCAAUCUUCAUUAGUAUCUUUCGUCAAUGAAAUUUUUACGUAUACUUUUAUAUAUUCCAUCUCAGUUUUUAGGGCUUUGAUAUAUCCAGUUUUAUCAUCGAUAUUUUGUAACUGAUAAAUAAGUAUAAUCUCAUAACUGGAUUUUGGAUGAAAAAUGAGUGAGCAGGUCACUUUGUGUUGACAUAAAGUGCUGCAUUAAAUUAUCAAUUGUUUUACAAAAAA